AUGGCGCAGAGUAAUUGGGAAGCAGAUAAGAUGCUUGACGUCUACAUUCAUGAUUAUUUGUUGAAAAGAAAAUUGCAUAAUUCUGCGAAGGCCUUCAUGGCGGAGGGAAAAGUGGCUAGUGAUCCUGUGGCUAUUGAUGCGCCUGGAGGAUUUCUGUUUGAAUGGUGGUCCGUGUUCUGGGACAUUUUCAUUGCACGGACAAACGAGAAGCAUUCUGAGGCUGCUGCAGCCUACAUAGAGACGCAACAAUUUAAAGCAAGGGAGCAGCAGCAGCUACAAUUCCAACAGUUGCAACUCAUGCAUCAACGCAAUGGCCAGUUGCAGAGGAGGGAUCCGAACCAUCCUCCAUUGGGUCCGAUCAACUCAAUGAAUUCUGAAGGAAUGGGCGGGCAGCAAUCUGCAAGUGUUUUACCUAUGAAAAUGUACGAAGGACAUGUGAAGCACCCGAAUCCCAUUGACUCAGAAACAUCUGCAGGCCUGAUGGAUGCUAAUAGGAUGGCACUGCUCAAGUCAGCUUCCAGUCAACAAGGACAGAUGCUUCAAGGAAGUUCUGGUGGUAUGUCUGUAGCAUUGCAGCAAAUGCCAGGACGGCCCCAGCUAGCCACUGACAUCAAACAAGAAGUUAACUUGGGUGGACCUCAGAAAUCUUUGCCGAUGGACCCAUCAUCUAUAUAUGGGCAGGUUCUUCAGUCAAAAUCUGGUCUUGGGGGUGCAGGGUUUAGUCAAGGAGUAACUAGUCUACCGUUGAAUGGCUGGCCGUUAACAGGAAUUGACCAAUUGAGGCCGAGUUUGGGUUUACAAGUACAGAAGCCCAAUCUGCAGACUCAAAACCAGUUCUUAUUGGCAUCGCAGCAGCAGAACUAUGGGUUUGGAGGAUUACCAAGGAGUAAUUUUAAUGCCCAAGAUGGUCAGCCACCCAGAAAUGAUGGAUCCAUUUGCUCUCCUGCGCAAUCAAAUUCAUCAAAGAUGAAGAUGCCCCAAAUGCCGCAGGCUCCUCCUCAACAACAGGAUCAGUUACAGCAGCAGCAGCAGCAGCAACAACAUUUGCAGCAGAACAACAGGAAAAGAAAACAACAUUCGUCAUCAGGCCCUGCUAACAGUACAGGUACGGGAAAUACGGUAGGACCUUCCCCUGGCUCACCCCAAUCAACACAUACACCUGGUGAUGGGAUGGCCACUGCUAGCAGCAUGCAGCAUGCUAACAGCAUCUCCAAGAGUGUGAUGAUGUAUGAUGCAGAAGGAGCUGGUGGAAUUGCAUCAUCUACAAAUCAGCUUGUAAGAUUGUUUAUGCCCUUCAUACAGGAUGGUUCUUUUGAAGACAAUGUUGAUUCUUUUUUGUUGCCUGAUGGGGGAGAUGGAAAUCCAUAUGGCUCUUUCAAACAAACUCUUAAUGAGCAAAAAACUGAGCCUUCAAAAGGUAGUUUCUCAUUUGGAGAAGUUGGUUGUAUUCGGACGAGACAUAAGGUGACUUGUUGCCACUUUUCUUCCAAUGGGAAGCUGUUAGCUAGUGCUGGGCAUGAUAAAAAGGCUGUUCUGUGGAACAUGAACAAUAUGCAAACCGAAACCACACCUGAAGAACAUCAGUACCUGAUUACGGAUGUGCGCUUCCGGCCGAACUCAACUCAACUUGCUACGGCCUCAUUUGAUAAGUCUGUCAGAUUAUGGGAUGCAGCUAAUCCAAGCUAUUGUCUGCAUGCUUACAAAGGGCAUUCUUCCCACGUGAUGUCUCUCGAUUUCCAUCCUAAGAAGACUGAUCUCUUCUGUUUCUGUGAUAGUAGCAAUGAAAUUCACUAUUGGAGCAUUAGCCCAUUUUCGUGCACCCGGGUUUCCAAGCAAGGAGGAAGUGCACAGGUGAGAUUUCAACCUACAAAUGGACACCUACUAGCAGCAGCAUCGGACAAGGUGGUCUCUAUAUUCGAUGUUGAGAACGACAGACAGACCCAUUCCUUUCAGGGACACUCUGGCGUGGUGAACUACCUGUGCUGGGAUCUUAGCGGUGAACUCUUGGCCUCUGUAAGUGAGGACAGUAUCAGAGUUUGGUCAUUGGCCUCCGGAGAGUACAUCCAUGAGCUCAACGCCAAUGGCAACCAAUUCCAUUCCUGUGUUUUUCAUCCAAGUUAUUCUGCUCUUUUGGUGAUUGGAGGCUCGCGGUCUCUAGAGCUUUGGAACAUGGUCGAGAACAAAAGCAUGACGGUCCCCGGUCCUGCGCAUGAUAACAUAGUUGCCGCCUUGGCAGUGUCACCUCUGACUGGGAUGGUCGCCUCUGCCAGCCACGACAGCUCGGUCAAGCUCUGGAAAUAA